AGCUUUGGAGGACCAUGUCAUUAGACUUCGGUAGUGUGGCACUACAGACACAAAAUGAAGAUGAAGAAUAUGACAAAGAAGACUAUGAGAGGGAGAAGGAGUUGCAGCAAUUACUCACAGACCUCCCCCACGAUAUGCUGGAUGAUGAACUGUCCUCCCCGGAUCUCCACUACUCCGACAGCAGCGUGGAUGGCCCAGAAGGAGAACUGCAUCCUUCUGAACAAUUGGAGAGAAACUGGAAUGAGCACCAAGUGCUGCCCAAACCUUCCAGUGUCAAUGCAUAUAAUGCACUUCAGGGUUUAUUCGUUGGAGAGAAACGUGGCAAUGGCUGGGAAGAAAAUCAACUUCCUGGAUACCAUGAUGGAGAAGGCGGUGAUGAAGGAGGAAGUGGAUACAGUCCUCCACAUAAACACGAGCAGGCUGAUUUGUACCACCUCCCUGAAAACUUCCGACCAUUUACCACUGGUCAGAAGCAGGAACUUCAUAACCAACCAACCAAUGUCAUAAAAUUCUCAGAUCCUCAACGGAACCAUUUUCAGCAAUUUGGUUCAUCACAAGGUCCCAGCGGUCAAACUCUGGAGCAGUAUAAAGUGAUAUAUAAACCUUAUCAAUCUUCUGUUCAGAACAGUAGCUCACCAGCCCAGGAAACAGCUGGAAGUGAUCGAUUUGAAGGCUUGCAGCAACAGUUUUUAGGAGUGAAAGAAACAGGUUCUGCAGAGAAUGUGCAGAUUAUUCAGCUUCAGGUUUUGAACAAAGCCAAAGAGAGACAGCUGGACAACUUGGUGGAAAAGCUAAACGAGAGCGAGCGCCAGAUUCGAUACCUGAACCACCAGCUGCUGCUGACCCAAGAUGAAAAGGAUGGUUUGACCCUCAGCCUUCGAGAAUCACAGAAACUCUUCCAGAAUGGAAAAGAGAGGGAGAUCCAGCUUGAGGCACAAGUGAAAUCACUGGAGACCCAAAUACAAGCAUUGAAAAUCAACGAAGAAAAGGUGAUCAAGAAGUCCAGAACAACUGAACUGGCUCUGGAAAGCUUGAAGCAGCAACUGGUGGACCUUCAUCACUCUGAAUCACUUCAGCGAGCCAGAGAGCAGCACGAGAACGUUGUUACAGGCCUCACAAAGAAGUACGAGGAGCAAGUGGUGUCUUUACAGAAGAACUUGGAUGCUACAGUUACUGCACUUAAGGAACAGGAAGACAUUUGCUCUCAUUUGAAAGAUCAGGUAAAACAACUGGAAAGGAAUCAAGAAGCGGCCAGAUUGGAGAAGACAGAGAUCAUUACCAGGUUGACGAGAAGCCUGGAGGAGAGUCAGAACCAGUGUGCCAACUUGUUGCAGUCAGGCUCCAUACAGGAGGUGGCUCAGCUUCAGUUCCAGCUGCAGCAAGCACUAAAGGCACAUGCUCUGAGCGAAAAUAUGAACAAGGCUUUGCAAGAGGAAUUAACAGAACUGAGAAAUGAGAUUUCACUUUAUGAAUCUGCUGCAAAGCUGGGAAUACUUCCAGGUGACUCAGAGGGGGAAUUAAAUAUGGAACUCAUGGAAUCAUAUGUGGAUCUGGGUAUUAAGAACGUCAACUGGAAACAAUCCAAAGUGAACAGUGUUGUACAUCCAGAGGCCCCAAAGGAGGAGCUUUCGAAAGACGAGGUCAUCCUGAGGUUGAAGGCAGAAGUCCAGCAACUACUGGGGAGUAACUCAGUGAAGCGCCAUCUAGUGUCUCAGUUACAGAAUGACCUCAAGGACUGUCGGAAGAUGAUUGAAGACCUCCAGCAAGUGAAGGAGGAUAAAAGCACCAGGGCUGAGUCUAAAACAGAUACCUCAGAAAAACCAGCUAAUCAAUUAGGACUUGACGCUUCCUCUUCUGAUGUGAUUGUCAGAGAUGACAUCUUGCAACUUAAAAAUGAAGUCCAAGCUUUACAACAACAAAAUCAGGAACUUAAAGAAGCUGAAGAAAAACUGAGAACUGCAAAUCAAGCCUUAUGCAAUCAAAUGAGACAAAUGGUACAGGAUUUUGAUCGUGAUAAGCAAGAAGUUAUGGAUAGAUGUGAGAGGACGUACCACCAGCACCACGAAGCGAUGAAAGCCCAAAUACGGGAGAGCCUGCUAGCAAAGCAUGCUUUGGAGAAGCAGCAGCUCUUUGAGGUCUAUGAGGGGACUCACUUGCAACUCAGGUCUGACCUGGAUAAAAUGAAUAAGGAGAUGGCUGCUGUACAGGAAUGUUACCUAGAAGUGUGCAGAGAGAAGGAUAAUCUAGAAUCCACACUCAGGAAGACCAUUGAAAAGGAACAACAGGCUCAGGAGCAGAAGAGGCAGUUAUUGGAGGAAAAAGAAGAACAAUUAAGCAAAUUGCAGUUGGAACUUGAAGAAAAGUACAAAGAAACUCUUGUGGUGGAAAGAAACAAGUGGAUAAAAGAGCAAGAAUCUGGCAUCAAGCAGCAGAUUGACAAUGAAAUGAUGUUAGCCAAAGCACAGUGGGAUAAGGAACGGAAAGAGAUCAAACAAAACCUUAUUCAACAGCUGGAGAAAGAAUGGCAGUCUAAGGUGGAUCAAACUCUAAAGACACUGAGAAAGAAGACUUUAGACUGUGGCAUCCAGACUGAGCAGACUGCCACCCCUGAUACCAUUCCCAAGGCUGAGAUGGCAGUCUUGAUAGACGAGCAGAAACAGAAGAUCCAGCAAGACUUAGAACAACAGAAGGAAAUGGCUCUCAAGGGGGCUUUGAAGAAACUAGAAAUUGAACUGGAGCUUAAAUACUGUGAAAAUAUUACCAUACAGGUAGAAACAGCUGUGCAAAAUGCUCGUCAUCGAUGGUUAGAAGAGCUGCCCGAGCUUGCAGAAUAUAAAGCCCUCGUCAGAGCAGAACAGAAGAAGUGGGAAGAACAGCAAGAGAUCUCGGUGGCCACGCGGCUCUCCUUGGCUCUGACCGAAGCGAGAGAGAAAUGGAAAAGCGAGCUUGAAAAUAUGAAGAAAACCAUGAUGCCCGGAAAAGAAUUGGAAGAGAAGAUCCAGUCUCUUCAGAAGGAACUAGAGCUAAAGAAUGAGGAAGUCCCUGUGGUUAUCAGGGCUGAGCUGGCUAAGGCCCGGAAUGAGUGGAACCGGGAAAAGCAAGAAGAAAUCCACAGAAUUCAAGAGCAGAACGAGCAAGAUUACCGGCAAUUUUUAGAUGAUCAUCGCAAUAAAAUCAGUGAGGUGCUUGGGGCAGCAAAAGAAGACUUUGUGAAACAAAAAACGGAACUGCUUCUUCAGAAGGAGGCGGAAUUACAGGCAUGUCUAGACCAGAGCCGCAGAGAAUGUGCCCUGCAGGAAGCCAGGCAGGCCCAGCUGGAAAUCCGUCGGUUCGAGGAAGACAUCCUCAGUCUGCUGGACUUUCUUUUAAAGCACAUGCAGAAGGAGGACUUUUGUGGUCCAGAGGACUCGCAGCUCUUGGAAAUGAUGUCAACUUGUUCUUCAAAAUGGCUGUCGAUGCAUUAUUGUGAAAAACUGAAAGAGUGCAUGCAGAAAGGCCUUCAAGAGACGCUCUCCUUACUCAGGGAAAACUCCAGCCCAGGGGAGGAGAAGAGAAAUGCGGUGAAGAUCUCUGGAGAUCUUUCCAGCUGGGCCCCUGGCAGAGGAGAUCCUGGAGUGCCAGCCCUCAUCCCUGCUCCCACUUCUGGAGAACACCCUCAGCCCCUGGCCUUGCAGGAAGCAGAAGCUGAUAAGAAAAAGGUCCUUGAAAGUAAAUGUGUAUGCUGUGGAUCCUGCUUCCAAGAACUGGCAAAGGAAAAGCAGGAAUGUCAAGAUCUGAAAAGGAAACUGGAGAAAUGCUGUAGGCAUCUUCAGCAUUUAGAAAGGAAGCACAAAGCAGUAGUGGAGAAAAUCGGAGAAGAGAAUAGUAAAGUUGUUGAAGAAUUAAUAGAAGAAAACAAUGGCAUGAAAAAUAAAUUAGAAGAACUGCGAACACUUUGUAAAAUUCCACCAAGGUCACUAUCAGAAGGAGCCAUUGAAAGUAGUUACUCACAAUACAGUGGACAAGCAUUGGAAGAACUUCGUGGGCAGUACAUCAAAGCUGUAAAGAAAAUUAAGCGUGAUAUGCUUCGCUAUAUCCAGGAGAGUAAGGAAAGAGCUGCGGAAAUGGUAAAGGCAGAGGUCCUGCGAGAGCGUCAAGAAACUGCCCGCAAGAUGCGCAAGUAUUACCUCAUUUGUCUCCAACAGAUUUUACAGGAUAAUGGAAAAGAAGAAGGGCCUGAGAAAAGAAUUAUGAAUGCGGCUAGUAAACUUGCUACAAUGGCAAAAUUACUGGAAACACCUACUUCUAGUAGAUCCCCAAGCAAAACUACACCAUCAGCACUGCCCUUGACUUCAGAGAUGCUGAGUGGCGUUGAAAAAUCAAAAAGAAAUGAUGUGACCCAGAGUGUGCCUCGUUACAUUGAAAGCAAAUCAAAUGGUGUAAAAACUGUCCCCGGAAGUAUUUGCGAGCAAGUUCCUAAGAGGAGGGCUGCUUGUAAUUUACAAAGGCGGUUAGAGGAUGCAGAGCACACAGAUAGAACGCGUGUGGGUAAUAAAGGGUCACCUUCAGGCUUCGAGUUUGGGGACAGUAGUUGCAAGCCCCAAGACAUUCUGCCAAAGAAUGUUGCUCCUGAGUUUAUUCUAUCUGAAGGUGAAGGAAGUUUGACUUCGCACAAGAAGAAAGACCUACUCGGUGGCACCUGCUCAGAAACCCUUCUGCAUCCAGUCACAUACCCCUUUCUCGGAACAUAUGGAAAUAAACCCUCACCUAGAUGCACCCCUGAAUCUGGGUCCACACCAACAGUCUCUCAAGAUUCUAAUGAAAGACCUGCUUCCAAGUCAUACACGUGCAACUUACUGUCAGAAAGUGACACUGCCUUAUCUGAGAAAAGUCAAGGUUUCGGGGUGCAGGAAACUCCGGUAAAGGACGGAGGAGACUUCCAUAACUCGUUAGCUUUUUCCAACAAAGCCCCUCUAAUGUGUGACAGUCACCAAGUGUCGCUUCCACAUGAUAGGCCACAAGGAGCUUUGGAUACGCUAAGCGAUUCGAUGCCAUUUAAACAGUUUUCAGCACUCAGUCAUCCAGUGAAAUGUCAGAAGGAUCACGCUCCGGGCCUGUCAGAAGAAACCAGGUAUUCCCAGCAAGGGAAGCCCAGUGUGACUCUGGGACGCCCGUCUCAUCAUAAAGCUGAUAGAUUAAGGUCAGAUUUCAAAAAACUUAGCAGUAUGAUACCGUCUUCAACAUGUCAGCAGCCUUCAAGAAAAUUGAUUGCUCCUGUAGCUAGCCAGGAAGACAGUGGCUUUGACAGCCCACUUGUCAACCUAGACUAACUGUGUUUAAGGAAAAUCGUGAGUACAUCGCGAAGAAAACCAGAAGAGAAGACUGCAGACUGGAAGAGAAAAAAAAAAAAAUCGUGAGCUCUGCCUAUUUCCAGAUGAUUCCAUAACAUCUAUUAUAUGAGUAAAGCCUUCUCAUAAAAUGACUCGAGAUAUUUAUUAUGCCUUAAUGUUCCAAAGGCGUGAUGGUAAUGUGUUCUAAUCUGCUUCUGUGUGGUGCUUAUAUUUGAUUGCUAAGCCAUCUAUUUUUAUACUUAUGAAUUGGCUUCUGUUUUGCAGUGUUAAAUUAUUUAAUAAAAUGACAUCUAAUCUGUA